UUUUGUUAAAUCGAAUAACAAAAAGCAAAGGGGAAGCGUCGCUGUCUCUCCCCCCGCCUCUCCCCGUUUCUGAUCUUAUCGAAGAGGAAGGGAAGCACAAGGAGCGUGGAAGAGGGGAAAAAAAAAAAAGAGGAAAUUUUCUUCCUUGUUUUCUUGCUUAAUUUCUUGGAUUUCAUUCCCUGGGUUCUUGCAGGGGGCUUUGAUGUCGUUUUAUCGGGAGGAGGACUUCGAGUACAUGGCGGACGAAAACGAGAGGGACGAGUUUAUGGACGACGUGGACGAUGAGUUCCACGGAAGGGAUGCGAGGGAGAUGGAGAACGAAGACGAGUAUGAUGUGCUCAUUAGAGUGACCGAUACGUCUGCGGCUCAAGCAAGGAAGGGCAAGGAUAUCCAAGGGAUCCCGUGGGAGAGGUUGAACAUAACGAGGGAGGGUUACAGACGCACCAGACUUGAGCAAUAUAGAAACUAUGAGAACGUUCCCGCAUCUGGCGAUGUUAUGGAGAAGGAAUGCAAACAAGUCUCGAAAGGUGGGAAUUAUUAUGAAUUUAGGCAUAACGCAAGAUCGGUGAAGUCCACGAUUCUUCAUUUUCAGCUGAGGAACUUGGUCUGGGCAACGUCAAAACAUGAUGUAUAUCUAAUGUCGAAUUACUCGGUGAUUCAUUGGUCAUCAUUAGCUUGCACUCCAUCGGAAGUACUCAAUGUUUCGGGACGCAUUACACCUGCUGAGAGAUAUCCUGGAAGUUUGUUAGAAGGUUUUUCGCAGCCACAAAUCAGCACGCUUGCUGUCAAGGAUAACUUACUAGUAGCUGGUGGGUUUCAAGGAGAGCUAAUUUGUAAGCAACUGGAACAGGAAGGGGUUAGCUUUUGUAGGAGAACAACAUUUGAUGAUAAUGCUAUUACAAAUGCCAUUGAGAUAUAUGACAACUUGAGUGGCAACGUGCAUUUCAUGGCCUCGAAUAAUGAUUGUGGAGUACGUGAAUUUGAAACAGAGAGGUUUCAGCUCUUGAAGCAUUUCACCUUCCCUUGGGCAGUAAAUCAUACAUCCAUUAGUCCGGACCGUAAACUUUUGGUAGUUGUUGGUGAUGACGCAGAUGGAUUACUGGUGGAUUCACAGAGUGGAAAGACUGUGUCGCCGUUGGUGGGUCAUUUGGACUUCUCCUUUGCAUCUGCUUGGCACCCUGAUGGCUGCACAUUUGCUACGGGGAACCAGGACAAGACAUGCCGUGUGUGGGACAUCAGGAAUUUGUCUUCAUCUAUUGCAGUCUUAAGGGGAAAUUUGGGUGCUGUGCGAUCGAUUCGCUACUCUUCAGAUGGGCGAUUCAUGGCGGUAGCUGAGCCUGCUGAUUUCGUGCAUAUAUAUGACACUAAGAUGGAUUGCAAGAAGCGUCAAGAAAUUGAUUUCUUUGGCGAGAUUUCCGGUAUCUCUUUCAGUCCAGACACAGAGUCGCUUUUCAUUGGGGUGUGGGAUCGAAUUUAUGCAAGCCUGCUUCAGUACAGCAGAAAACACACUUACAGUUAUCUUGAUUCGUUUAUAUGAUGCGGCUGUUGGAUAUAGGAAGGCAGAUGCUGAGGGCAGUGGUGAUAGUUCUGAGAUAACGAUCAGGAGCUGCCCUCUUUUCUUCAUUCUCAAUGAAUGAAGACUUUGCGUCUGUCGGUCAGCCGGUGAAAAAUGUACAGGGCUUGUGUAUAGAGAAAGUUCUCCACUGUAAGUUGCGGACCAACUCGAGAGGGUCUCACUGUUCCUAUUGUGGAUCUUAGAAAGAAGGUUUGUCUUUUUCAGGAAUAAGCCUUUUAUGAUGCGUUAUGUCAAGUUGGUACAAAAUGGAUCA